CCCCGUGUUGCUGUUGGCACAAAAGGCGCGUUGGAACACCGCCUUCCAAUGUGCUGUCCAGGACCAUGUCCUGUGUGCUGUUCUUGGAGUUCCUGAUUGCUCAGCUUGGGAACGGGGCUGUAAACAAAGUGGGAAUUUCCCAUAGGAAUUCUUUGCAGUUUUAAUAAACUCAGUUCAUCUGCCGUGGGCUUCACUGUACCUUUCUGCUGGCACCUGGAUAACUACACUGGCCAGCAGGCUGUACCAGUUUCCUGUUUAGGGGACUGGAAGGGACCGGACGCUGCUCACCGCUUUCACAGGAGACAGCGGUCCAGCUCCCAGAAGGGACAUGGCUCAGAAACCACCUCAGUGAACCUUCAGAGGAGAGAAGAGAAGGAAGGAAGAAAAACAGCGAGGGCGGGAGUGAGGGAACCAGCCAGGAGCAGGAAGCCAGCCUGAACAGGCAGUAGCUGGAGUGUCCCUAGGGCAAGAUGCUCAGAAGGUCCAUUCCUAGGGGUAGUUGGAGUUGGUGGACCCCCUGGCUCCUUACCUCUCCUCGAAUUUUCUGUCUCAGCCUCAUAGUCUUGUUGGGCCAGGGAGGGCUGCUGCAGGGACACCCCCAGUGCCUGGACUACCGGCCCCCCUUCCAGCCCCUCCAGCAUCUUGAGUUCUGCUCUGAUUACGAGUCCUUCGGCUGCUGUGACCAGCAUAAGGACCACCGCAUCGCUGCCCGGUACUGGGACAUCAUGGAAUACUUCGACCUAAAGGGCCACGAGCUGUGCGGCGGUUACAUUAAAGACAUCCUUUGCCAGGAGUGCUCGCCCUACGCAGCCCACCUCUAUGAUGCUGAGAACCCACGCACGCCCCUCCGGAACCUUCCUGGCCUCUGCUCUGACUACUGUUCUGCAUUCCACUCGAACUGCCACUCCGCCAUCGCCCUGCUGACCAACGACCGCCGCCUCCAGGAAUCCCCCGGAAAGGAUGGCACACGCUUCUGCCACCUCCUCAACCUUCCCGACAAGGACUACUGCUUCCCCAACAUCCUGAGGAGAGACCAUCUCAACCGCAACCUGGGGGUGGUGGCCGAGGACCCUCGGGGCUGCCUGCAGCUCUGCUUGGCCGAGGUGGCCAACGGGCUGAGGAACCCGGUCUCCAUGGUCCACGCUGGGGACGGCACCCACCGCUUCUUCGUGGCCGAGCAGGUGGGGAUGGUGUGGGUCUAUCUGCCUGAUGGGAGUCGCCUGGAACAACCCUUCUUGGACCUCAAGAGCCUCGUGCUGACCACCCCCUGGAUUGGGGACGAGAGAGGCUUUUUGGGGUUGGCUUUUCAUCCCCGAUUCCGCCGCAACCGGAAGUUCUACAUUUAUUAUUCAUGUCUGGGCAAGAAGAGGGUAGAAAAGAUCCGGAUUAGUGAGAUGAAGGUUUCUCGGGCUGAUCCCAACAAAGCCGAUCCCAAAUCAGAGAGGGUCAUUUUGGAGAUAGAAGAACCAGCCUCAAAUCAUAAUGGUGGACAACUUCUUUUUGGCCUAGAUGGCUAUAUGUACAUAUUCACUGGGGAUGGAGGACAGGCUGGGGAUCCCUUCGGCAAAUUUGGAAAUGCUCAGAACAAGUAAGCUGGAUGCAGGCUUGCCCUGGUAUAAUGUUUUUGCUGAGAUGGAAUCUGCAGAGGGUCAAACCCAACUCAUUUACUGCAAGAUGUAGUUUCCCCUGUUGACACAAUGGGUAGAACAUUUGGUUUUCUUUUCUUGUGUUUUUUUUUUCUUAAUAUUUACUUGGAACAUUUAUUUAUUUGGCAACCUUGGGUCUUAUGUGGGAUUGUUCACUGCAACUCUCAGUCUCUCUAGUUGUGGCAUGUGGGCUUAGUUGUCCUGUGAAAUGUGGGAUCUUAGUUCCCUGACCAGGGAUCGAACCUAUGCCCCCUGCAUUGGAAGGUGGAUUCUUAACCAUUGGACCACCAGAGAAAUUCUGUCCUAUACUUUUCAGGCAUAAUAUAUUUUUAUAAUUAAUAUUAUGGAUGUUCAACAUGACUCUCAGAGGGCCAUAUAAAGAUGAAUUCAAGAUUUUUAAUAUAUAUGAGCAGGACAUUAUUUACUAUGCCAUGAUCUGACCAUCUAGUUCAAUUCAGCUCAACAAUAUUAUUGAUUACUGUGUUCCAGGCACUGUGUCUCAUGUGAAGAUACAUGAGUAGUUAGUUAAUGAGACUAACAGAAGCAACAACAAUGUAUUUUGUUGCUUACUGGGUGUCCAAUGCUGGUCUAAAUACCUUAUGUUUAUUUGAGCACAUAAUUCUGACAGCCACAAGGGCCAAAAUUUUAAUCUCUUUUUUUGGUUGAUGUAUUCCCAGCCCCUAGAAUAGUGCCUGGCAGUGGUGUCAUGCCAUAUAUACAUUUGGAAUGAAUGGAUCC